AAUUGUGUCAAUGUGAAGAUGCUCGCUAGUGUGCAAGGCAGCUGCCGCGGGAACAGUUGGAGCUGGCUCGUCCGACCGCCCUUCGGUCCGGUAAAUACAGCCUCCUCGCCUCUCGGGUAUGGAUUAUUCGCAACGAGCGACGAGCGGAACCAGUGCGACCCACGCGCUCCCCGUGGCAACUCGUCGGUAGGCUGCGCGCCUCGUAGUUGUGUCCUCGUAGCUCGUAGCGCCCACGUUGCUCGCUGCCGUAGAGCGGGCCGCGCGCUAACUCGCUUAAAGCUCGCGAGCGUUCACGUAAUAACAUUUUAACCCAUAACGCAAGGCUCGCAUUUAGCAACGCUCUGAAAGCAUGUCAUUAAUACAGCCUCUAUUGUGUUCAAAUGACGAGACUAAUGUCAUAUUAAAAUAUCAUGGAAAGCACCUGUGGAACCAUUAAUUUCUGUGUAAUUUUCACGUGAUACUUUAUUACUUUUGCCAACUAAGUGCUAAAACAAUUUACAAACAACGAUCAUAUCAAGACACUACAAUGAUUCAAGUGGACAACUUUAAACGGCCAUCACCUUCACCAUCGAGAAGUUCAGUACGGAGUGACAGCCGUGUGUUUCGACAACCGCGAGUUAUACAAGUCAAUCGUGAUGCUUCUACCAUGGUGGAUGGUGAAAGCAGCGCUCCAGGCAGGGCAAAUACUGCAGCCAUGGAUACUGGGCCUGAAUGGGAAUCCCAUCUCGGACAACAUGCCACGCAUAAUUUCCGAUCCCGCACUUUUAGUGAUGGGUUCAUUAGAAAUACCAGUCUCGAACUGUUACUUGGUGUUGAUUGCGAAGCCUGUCUCGCUUUAGCAGCUCAACGACAAUGCUUAGAGAAACACAUAUCAGAACAUGAUUUCGAUUUAAUAUGUAACUGUAAUGUUCAACAAAAUAAUUAUUUGAAUUUUCAUCGCGAUGCUGUAGAUCAACGAGGUCAUACACUAAAUAUUUAUGAUUUAGAAAGGAUCAAACGAGACUCUGGAAGGAGUCAUUUAGCAGUAGGGUCACAUCGCAGCUUAGAUAGGAAACAUACUAAAAGCAAAACCAUCGGUGUUUCUAAUUACAUUUCAAAACAGUUAAUAUCGUACGAUCCGACGAAUACUUUGGUACAAAAGAUUAAGAGAAAACUGUCUAACUUAAAGAAAAUUGGCGGAGAAUCAAUAUUAAAAAAGCACCAAAAUGCUGUACAACUAGCAGAGAUAACUGGAGGUUCCUCGAGCUCGCUUAAAAAGCUAUCAAUGUUGUCUUUAGUAGACAAGUCUCAAAGACGAGUAAAUAGCCAAAGUUGUAUCUAUUCCUCAGGAUUUCAAACAAAAGACGAUGUGAAGAAUAACGCGGCGACAUAUGCUAACUUUUCUGGGAAUGUGGACCAAUGUUUUGAUAGAUUACGAGAUUGUAAUGUAAGUGCAGAUAUGAGUAGAAGAUCACACAAAAUGAUAAAAAUUAGAAGUUUUGAUAAUAAUGACGACCUUAUAACUAGAAAUUCGCCUGCUCUUGGAAUCACGAAAUUUUCUACGCUAGAUAACCGUAGUCGAUGUAAAAGUAUAAAAAGACAAAUGUCUUAUAAUGACUUUCCAAGAGAAAGAUUUAGGGAUAGAAGUUCAGAGAGUUGGUCGCGAGAAGAAAAUACAGUUGAAUCUAGGAGUACUCGAAGUGAUUUAGUGGACGAUGAUUCGCAAGCUUUUGUAGAAGCGGAUGUAAUAAUGAUGGGUGGUCCUCGUACUGCACAUGCUCAGUGCACUUGUGACUCAAGCCGCAACACCAGGAUACCUUCUAUUUUUUAUGACACUCAGGGAAAAAAGCGAAGCGCCCCAGCACCUGAUGUAACAGAGCGCGGCCAGGGAACACGAGCAGCGGCGUGCAGUGCAUGCAAAUCUCCGCAAUGGCUGCCCACUGGGACCACUUCCACAACCAGCCACAGCUCUACAACUACAGCUAACUCUUCGCGUUUUUCUGUAUGGCACCGACGAUGGUGCUGUGUGGCGGUGCUAGUACUUGUAGCGGGAACAGCCUGCGUGGCAGGACCACUCGCUCUUCGAGCUCCACCAGGGGCCCCCUUGCAUGAGAGGCUGCGGCUCGCAGAGAGACUGCUACACGACACACCGCUUAUAGAUGGACACAAUGAUUUACCGUGGAAUAUACGGAAAUUUUUACAUAACAGAAUAAAAGAUUUUAGGUUUGACGAAGAUUUACGCACAAUAUCUCCUUGGGCUACAAGUUCUUGGAGUCACACAGAUUUACCCCGACUGAAGCAAGGACGGGUUGCAGCUCAGUUCUGGGCGGCGUACGUGCCUUGCGACGCGCAGCACCGCGACGCUGUGCAACUGACAUUCGAGCAGAUAGACCUCAUACAGAGGCUAACUGAAAAGUAUCAUCCGCAGCUUACUAUAUGCACUUCUACUGAAGAUAUAAUAUCGGCGCAUGCCAACCAGCGACUGUGUUCACUAGUGGGAGUCGAGGGUGGCCACGCAAUAGGUGGGUCUCUUGGGGUCCUCCGAACCCUACACCAAGUUGGAGUACGAUAUCUCACACUCACCUCUACAUGCGAUACGCCGUGGGCCGAGUGCGCCUCCGCCGAUCGACCCGAGCCUUCCCUACGCGGCGGACUCACGCACUUUGGAAAGGUAGUCGUUAAGGAGAUGAACCGACUCGGCAUGCUGGUAGAUCUGUCACAUGUGUCCGAACGCACAAUGCGUGACGCUCUAGCGGUGUCGCGAGCCCCCGUACUCUUUUCACACUCUUCGGCUCGUGCACUCUGUAAUGUCACUAGGAACGUGCCGGACACGGUGCUGCGGCUCUUGGCCGCCAACAAAGGUCUUAUCAUGGUCAAUUUCUACACUUCUUUUCUCACUUGCAAAGAAACAGCUACCGUUCAAGAUGCUAUAGCCCAUAUAAAUCAUAUUCGCGACGUAGCUGGAGUGGAUAGCGUUGGCCUAGGAGCUGGGUAUGAUGGAAUUAACUACACUCCACAAGGACUUGAGGACGUAUCAUCCUACCCACUGUUAUUUGCUGAAUUGAUGGAGGAGGGAUGGAGUAUAGAAGAGCUUCGUAAAUUAGCUGGACUGAACUUAUUAAGAGUGCUUAGUGCAGCGGAACGUGUAGCUCAAGAAAUGGCCACCGCACAAGUUGUACCUUAUGAGGAGAUUCCGCCAAGAGUUCUAGACGCUCACAACUGUUCCAGUCAAGAUCUUUAAAUUAAUAAAGCCGUGCAAUCCAGCUUUUACAAUUUUUACGUUGACUAAUAUAUUCGUUCACGAAACAGUUGUCAAUUUAAUAAAAUAAAUACUGAAUGAUUUAGUGAAUUACCGCUAUGUACAAUUUCAAUAAUUUAGGAUUUUGCUUCGAAACUAAAAUUACGUCAAUCAUAACGAAUAAAUAUGGGACCAACACGGGUGUAAACCUGUCGAUUGCAAAACCUAUAGAAUUGUCUAAAAUUGUUUUAUUAACAAAAAUACAUGUAACAUUAUGCAGUUCUGCUAUCUGAAUGAGGAGUCAUGAGUUUUCGUAAUCGGCGUGUAUGCAUGAGACAAGUUAACAAAUUGUAUGAGGCUAGAUGUAUGAAAAGAUAGAUAGGUCUUUGACACUCUAUUUACUCUGGCUACUCCGCAAAGAGCUUGGCAUGAAAAUAUAUGGAUAGAUUAAAUAGAGAACUUGUGGGCGUUCAUACCAAUUUUUAGAUUUUUGUUUAUAUAAUUAUCACAACUGUUUUCUUUUCACAAAAAUACGUGUGACAAACAUAAACGCAUUUGACGAUAAUUAUUUUGGGCAUUACUAAGGAUUUUUCUUUAGUGAAAAAAAUACUAAUACCCACUACCGCAACUUUUACGACUGUUUACAUGUAUUCCAAGCUUUAAUCAUUUAGAAUAACAUGUCAUAGAUAAGAACGUAUAGAUCUGUAGUAAUUAUAACGAUGCCCUGUUUAAAAUUAUUUUUGACGAAAUUAAAUGGCACAGUAAUAAUGUUAGAUAUUUAUUAGUCAAAUAUUUAUUAUAAUUAGUAUAUCUUACCACAGGUAAAAUAAAUAUUAGAUUUAGUAACUUAAUUAUUAUUAGCAAAACAAUUAUUUAGAUUAAAUACCUACCCUUGUUAUUAUUUAAAAGUUUUAUGGGAAUUAGAAAAAAUAAUAGUAAAUUACUUGGUAAUCUGUGUACCUAAUUGAAAAAGCCAUUAAACUCUUUACAUUAACAUAUUUAUGAACGACUUUUUUGUCGUUGAUUAGAAAUGUUUUAAUCGGUACCUAAGUUAUAAAGUACUCACCUUGCUAAUUAUUAGCUUUAUGUAUUGACGACCAAACAUAGAGUGAAUUGUAGAUUUAGAUAACUAAGGUUCGUUAAAUUUAUAAAGACGUGUUUGAAUAAAUAUUAUUAACAAUAUCUACCCCCUAAUGAAAUAUUAAUUAGUAAGGUACUUCAGUACAUUUGUUAUUACUACAUUGGUAUUAAUAGACGGAUCUUAAGACUGACAACAUUUCAAGAGUAAUUUAGUGUAUGUUUGCUACAAUUUUGAAUAAGAGUAAUGACAAUCUUACAUUCUAUCUUAAGAUGUGUUUAUUAUCCAUUAAUAAAAUAACGUUUUCAGUGUUCGUACAUUACUUACGAAACAUUUAGCCAAAAGUUAUUUCAAUACUUUGUCUUUCGGUGCAACUGACGACGAUCAAUUUGUACCUAUUACAUAUCGCAUUGAUGUUGAAUAGUAGAUAAUAGGGAUUAAAUGAAAAAGCUCAAACUUUUGAUUACUUAGUAAAAAAUAAAUAAUGUUCAAUUUCUUGAAGACUUUUUAGAAGAACAGUAUUUCUUAGGCAUUUUAUUCUAAUCUAAUAAAUAAUGAAAAAAAUAUUUCAGUAUUUGAAUAUUUUAAAACAAAACAUCUAUAAAUUUAAAUCAAUAUUAUCAAUAUUUUUAUUUUAAGUACCUAAAUAGGUUUUACCUGUAAUAGAUUUUAUUUAUUAUAAACAAUAGAUUCAUAUUUAUUACUAUUUGGCACUAUCAUUAAUAUUAUUAUAAAUUAAGGACUUGGGUACCUACCUAUUUCAUUCAAUUUUAUCUAUUUAUUAUUAAUACUUAUAAUGCCUAUUAUUCAAUGCAUUCAGAAUCAAAAUCAUAAUGCAUGAAACGGAUGUCUUAAAAACAAUUCGUCCUAAACUCAGAUCCUUGCAAGACUAAAAUGUAAUGUAAAAUGAGUAUGAUAGGAACUAUACGGAAUAACACACGUCAAAGUGUAUGAUCAACUUUUCAACAAUAAAUUAUUAAUUUCAAUUAAAUGGAUCUUAUAUACUUAUUCAGUUUAGAUGAAUAUUUUAACUUUUACAACUAAACUUUAACUUUUAUCAGAGAUACUAUUAUUAGAGAUUAUUAGGUUUUGCUAAGGAAGGAAAGAGAUACUAUUAUACUAUUAUUAGAGAUAUUCAUAGUGUUAGGUUCUCGUAAGAAAGUCAGAACGCUAACUCCUGUUUUCGGACUUUUUUUAUUUAUUUCAUUUUAAUUUUAUUUUUGUAAUUACUUAAACGACCUGUACUUUUAUUCUGUACUCUACCAACCCAUUUUACUUAUUGAUAAUUAAAGUACAUAAUUAUUAUCUUAGAUUAAAGUAAUGGUGUGAGAUUAAAUUUGUAUUAAUAUGUUCUUAGGUAGGUACCUAUUAGAUAUUACUUUUUGCACUUACUCGAAAUCACUUUCGUAUAAACUGAAACCUUUUUGAAAAAUUCUACUGUUUAUUGGCAAUCAAGAAUUACUUAGGUUUGAUAAAUUUAUACCUACUUUCGAAAUAAUAGAAUAAGUUAUACUUCUAAUUACAAUUGUUUAAUUGUCAAUAUUACCUACAUUGUAGUAAUUACCUACAUACCUGUGCCUAGUGAAUCAGUAUUGUUAUAGGUGUAAGGUAAGCAAUUAGAACCAUAAUUACCUGUAAUUAUACUAAGUGCUUAACAGUCAUUUUGUAAACAAAUCCUGAAGCGCAAAAUAAAUGAA